UCUUCGUCAAACAUUUUUUUUUAUUUUUCGUACUGCAGUCAGCAAUAAGCGUUCUAUACGAUCAGUUCGAAUCACAAUAAAAGUAAUAAUUAUGGUUGGCACUCGUUCAUCGUUAUUUUGUCUGCUCUGUACAAUCCUGAUUUUUCCCCUAAGCGAUUCAAACGGGAUAAGCAAUUUUGGCGGAAAUCAACAUCGAAAAAAUCUCCACGAACUCGGACUUAGAGCGAAUUCUGAUGGUCAAAUAGUUAGCGGCGAAGAAACAGAACAAUAUCCAUUUGAAAAAGCAUACUAUUCAUAUAAAAUACAAUCUAAUGAGUUGUUAAAAGAUGUGCGAUUAGAGCCACCAAUCGAUUAUGUAACGCCCGAAGGAUAUAGUUUGGUAUUGGAACCAAUUGUUCAUUUUUGUCAACGUGUAGAUAAGAGUAUUAUUAAGAAAUUUUCUGCAAUCGGAUCAAAGGACAAAGUGUACAUUAAUGUCGACGACGAUUUGAGAAAUAUAUCCACCAAUGAUUCAACUAUUGUAUACAAACUUAAGGCAAUAAAAAAUGUUAAUACUACGGUUGGUGGUUCUACGACUUUACUCAUCAGAAUAGUUGAAUUUCUACCCAUGUCUGACACUGUACUUGCGUUUGAAGAACCUAGUUAUUCUUUAAAGUUAGCUUAUGGUCACAAAGGUAAAGUUUUUAAAUUUAAGACCAUAAAAACCACACACAAAGCAAAAGAAAAAAACACGGAUUUGGAAUUUGAAAAACAACCGGAAAACGAUAAAUACUUUUCAAAAAACGAAUAUUCUUUUAAGGGCAAUUACAGCUUGGAAUAUGUACCUGAACAACUUUUAAUAAGACUGAGAAUUAGUGAUGACGGUGAAUUGGAGCUUUUGGGAAAUAUUGAUGAGGGAUACUAUAUUUUUGACGUCGUGGCAGUGGAUUAUAGUCCUAAUUCUACUAGCAUUUUAAAAGCUAGAUCCAAAGUCCACGUGUUUAUCGAUAACAUAGCAGUAUGUAGUUCAGGCAUAUCUAAAUUCAUCAGGGCUUUCAGUAAACACUAUAUAACCGAAGAGACUAAACUAAUAACAGUUGUUCCGGGUACUGAAUUGAGCGGUCAAUGUAUAUUUUCGAUAACACAUCAAUUUCCGUUCGGUGUGGGCGCGGACUUCUUCACCAUCGACAAGAAAACGGGCGCCGUGAACGUGAAAAAUCUCAUCGACCGGGAGGCGUACUGGUUCGAAGACAUGGAAGAACCGUCCGUGUAUCUGAGACUAAAGGUCCACUGCCCUCCGGCGGUGGACGGUCUAUCGGUCAUUCGGCCACUACACCUGUCCGACGUGGACCAAAUCGUCUACGAUCCGACUACAACAUUGGUGCAGUUAGUCAUUGUGGACAUCAAUGACAACGCGCCGGUGUUCGCCGACAAGCACAUAGUCGUCGGGUAUCCUGUGCAAGACGUGGCCAACACCAUUAUUCCCAAACACCUUCUGCAGGCCAAGGCGACAGACAAGGACGCGGGAAAACACGGAAAAAUACAAUACUCGCUGAGAGGAGAUAACGCUAAUGACUUUAUCAUAAACGCAGACACAGGAACAAUAUAUUGUAUGAGUCUGGUGAACGAUAGCACUGCGAAUAAAACAUUUGAGGUUGUAGCCAAGGACAACGAUGGCAAAUCCGACGGAUCGGAAUCUACGAUGGCUAUUACCGUGAAAUUCCUAACGUUCUCUGAAAUCGUUCGGGUAAGCGUCCAGUUCAGCUCCACCGAAGAUCCCGCAGCUGUCGAAUCACAGCUGUCUGAAAUAUCGGGUGUCAAAGUUAUGUCGCUCACCAACGACGUAAUCAACACAUUUAUGGAUGGUCAAUGGCACACUGAAAGAGUGUUGACCGUGUACGGAGUAAACAACACUGAUGGUUCGGUGGUGUCAGCGUCAGAGCUACAAAAAAAUCUAGAACAUAACGCCAAAGUAUUGGGUGUAAUGCAAUUAUACAAUACAAAUUCCGACAACGAAACAAGCACCGUGAUGUCCUUAGUAUACGCAGCAAUGUUUUUCUUAAUGUUGUCCAUGGUAGCUGUGGGUUUGCUUUAUUUUGGAUACGUUAAAAACGGCCGUUAUUUGUCAUGUAUUUCCAGUCCGUCCACGACACCGCUGAAAGACGAUAUCGAAAACAUGAGUCAGAGCAACUGGAUUACGACUUUCAACAGAACCAACCUGACGUCUAACAGAGUACGAUUCCCGGGGGAUAUUAACUCCGAGGCGGUGCCGUGUAGAUCCAAAAUCACAAAUAACGCGACUGUCGUCGUGGAAAACAGCCUGUACGAGGCUAUACCGCCCAAAGGAACCGCCGUCUUGGCCGUGAAUAAUAAUUCCUCGAUUGUUAAGCUCGAUUCUAAGGUCUCCUUUGAAGAUGACUUGAUAAAGUUAGAAAAAAUGGACGAGGUGUUUACGCCUACGGACGAAUUAUCUUUUAACUAUUGAGUUUCAACUUCUGACAGUAAAAAAAAUCACUUCAGUCGACAUUAGUUCCAGUUCGACGUUUAAUUUUUUUGUCCGGAUAUACACACUUCGUACACACAUUUCUAUAUAGCACCUACAUAUUACCUACCUAUUAUAUACGUCCUGUUAAUAUGAUAAUUGUAUAUUAUUUUUAAAACGCGUUUACAAGACCUUACAAUAUUUUUAUGUAUUUAAAUCAUUCAAAAAUCACCUUGAAUAUUGAUAAGUCCUUGCUCAAUACUGUUUUAUGUUCAAUCGGAAGCUCAUUCAAUUUUAUAGAAUAUCGAUGACGUUAAAAUCCGUUACACUUUUUUGCAAAUAGGAGUGGUAAUUUUUUUCGAUGAUAUUAAUAUGAACCUGUUAUUAAAUUCAACGAUUCGCCAAUUUCAAAAGCGCUUACCGAUCACCUUGUAACACAUUUAUAAUACCGAUGCGGAAUUUAAUUAAGAUAAUAGUCCAUUUACACAAACACUAAUAAUAUCAUUUAUU